GGAAAAAAAUGGCCUCCAAGAUGACAUGAAGGAAGAGAUCAUGAAAAACAUCAAGAAAAAAUUGGACGAGGACAUAAAUGCAGAUGUGGAGAAUGUAUUCUCUGUUCUUCCCUGGUAUACCAAGAAAGCUCUAAAGCGCGUUCUUUGCAUGAGUGCGCUAAGAAAAGUACCAAUGCUUAGCCAGAUGGAUGAAAAAGUUUUGAAAAUGAUGUGCGACUAUCUGAAGCCGGUGAAUUACCCAGAGGAUACCCUGGUUUUUCAGAUGGGAGAACCACUUGAUCGAAUGGUAUUCAUUACAGAAGGGUUUAUGUGGACUUACACGACUGCUACUGAGAGUGGUCAUUUUGGAAAAGCAACAGAACCGGCUACUUCUCCAUCCAUGGAUACCAACUUCCUCAAGAAGGGUGAUUCUUAUGGACACGCGCUUCUGCAUUUUGCAUCAUCAUCUCUUGCGGCACUUCCUUCCUCGGACGCAAAUGUCCGGUGUCACACAAACGUAGAGGCGUUUGUUCUCAUGGCCAAGGACUUGAGAAACAUAGUAACUAAAUGCGAAUUUUUGUGGCCUUUCGACUACAAUGCUUCUCAAGUUGAGGCGGCGGAACAGGUGGUGCCACUGGCACAGCCGUUUCCAGUAGAGGUGGGCAUAAGUCGGUGUGGGUCGAUUUAA